AUGAGUGGCCCUGUCGUGCGCUUCGCGGACGGUGCCUGUGCACCCAAGUUGCAUGGCAGUGCUGAGAAACCGUUAAAGAAGUCAGAAAGCACGGUCCGGUUGACUUCUUCGCUCACGUUGACCGUGAACGGCUGGCAUCUUCCUCAACAAUGGCAUCGCCUGCAGAAGCAGAUCGCUUCUCUCGAGUGUCUGCCGCAGACGCACGACUCUACUGCUGCGCCAUGCCGAUUCGGGGCUGCUGUUGCCAAAUUCCCGGCACCCUCCCGUGCCGGUCAAUCACCUGCGCUCGCUUCCCACGGGUUGACCCGCGCAGUGCUGUCCGCUAACUCAUGUACACACACCGCCCAUUCAUCUCAUAGCAGAAGAAGCUCGAUGGCAGCUUCAGGAGCGUCGAUUCGACGUCGCGACACGUCGGUUGUUGCGGCCUCCACCCGCUGGAUCCGAAACUGUACUCCGGGCCCCCGGCCUUCGCGUAAAAGCACGGCUGGAAGCACCGGGACUUCGGGAGCAGGCAACUCCGCUCGUCCGCCGCAGCGAAGUUUGGCUAUAUGGGAUACUCUUUCCCGCGAGCUUGUAAGCAGUUUUUCCAACGCACCGCCUCAGGCUACAAAGCCCACUAGUCAACCGCGCCGCGUGCUCAGUCGCCCAAGCCUGCGACCAAGUCAUCGUCACAGCCCCCGCCGCAGGGACGAGGAGGCCAGUGUUCGUGGCACAGGGGCUGCUGGAGGUGCUCCCUCGGUCGCCGCGGGUACGACGAAGACUGGAAAGCCCUGCACUGCCACGAGAUUGCUAACGGCUACCGAAGAAGUGGCUCGACAAACGACCGCAUAUUCAGCGGUGCCCUCGACUGCAAGCGUUGGCGCUCACUUGAGGAAGACAAGCCAGAAGCGUGGCCAAUCAGUGCAGGGGGCCGGGGCGACGGCAGCCGUUUCAGCCUCCAUCUCUGCUGGGCGUCUUCCUGCCGGAGCGAGCCACCGCCCUGAGCCGCCUAACAGCCGACUGAAGGGAAGCACAGAGACAACACCGCCUGGAGGGAGCGCGCAGGUGCCGAUGGAUCGAGGCACGCGUCUUUUCUGGCGAAAAGAACUGCCUCAGAAGCCAGAGCGGACCGAGCAGAAAGGGGGCAUCGUGCAUGCAAGCAAGCAGUCGACCGUGGUGUGCGGUCGCAUCGACGAUGGCCGCCUUGCCCAGCACCAGUUGCCAGGCAGCGGCAAAGAAAGCAUCGGAUGCGGAGCCACGCCGAAGCGAGGUAGUCUGGCAAAGCCAACUGUCAACUCCUCCGUCCGUCCAGUCGCACAGAGUGACACGUCAACUGCCCUACGCACUCGCACUCAGCUGGUGGCCAGGGUUCCUUCAGCUGCGCCAGGAAAGCCCGACCCAUCCAAGUUGUCAGCGACGCCACACUCUAGUGUGCUCCCUUCGGCUUCUCCGGGUUCUGCCGGCCCCGGAGCGUCCGGGGGACUUGGAAGAAGUCGGGAGAGAAUGCUUCCUGCUGCUAGACGGUCACGGUCAAAGCGGCCGCCGAACGUCCCUAAGUUAGAUCUCCGGAAGUGCAUUCAGUACCGUAGUAGUGAUUAG